CAAACCGAGUUGAGUCACAUAUAGUCUCCAAGCUGUUUCCAGGAAUUUUGCAACGUGAAUGUCGGCAACAUUGUACAUACCUGGCGCCAGUUUGUGUUUGUGUCACUUCUGUUAUUAGCGUCUGUAUGGCAUUGGUUUCGAUUGGUAACGAACGUUUUUGUUGGGUUACUUGAGAUAUUAGCGGCCAUUCCACGUACUACGAGAACAAAGAAGGGCGUCUGCUACUUUCGUUAUUUAAUCUAUAGGAUGGACGAGUUGGGGCGAUUUGAAAAACCUCCUGUACAGCAAAACGAAGAAUGCUCGAAUUCAACCAGACCAACGCGCCCUUCUCGGCUUACUUCGAAGAAAAGUAGAAUGAAAGGCAAAAAGAGCCAGUCGCUCCCUGUGAUAAAGACUCCAUUGGAAGGUAUGAGGUUGAUACACGGUGGAUUAUGUGGCCAGGGUUCUGCCAUGCCCAUGCAAACGUCUGCGGAUGACCUGCAAGUUAGAAGUUCGUCCCUAAGUCAGCGUGGCAGCGCCACUUCUUCCCCCAAAGACAGCUGUCCGCCGUCGCCCACAGACGACGAAGAGGAAUUUUUUUCCGACGAAGAGUUUCAUCGCGUUGAUCUUCCAUCAGCUGUAGAAGCUAUGUGUGUCACCAGCCAACCAAGGCGUAAAUCGCGCUUAGUGCGGCUGUCGAGCAUGGUAAAAUGCCCGUCUUCUGGCAGUUUGAACAGACCUCUUGCUUUAGGAACAGAACAACUUCUGCGUCAGACAAGUAGGGUGAGCACGGGAAGCCUCAAGUCACUUUCUCCGAGCGAAGGAAGCAACGGCAAUGGUGGCAAACCAUUACAUCUGCCUCCGAUCGCAAGAAUAUUAUCACCAGCCAAGGAUUCAAGACGUGAUUCAAUAGGGAAAAAAUUGCAACACUCGUGGACAAUCACUGGUGUGUCACAAUACCAGGACAGUUUUGACAGUGUUGUCGACAAGGAGAGUGUGCUACCGAAGAUCCUGACCAAGGAUGCCAGAUUGAGGAGCUACCUUGUUGGAAAUGUCAGUGGUAAAGGCUCCUUACUCGGUGAAGAGGAACUCAACAGAUAUUUUCCGAGCAGAAAGGUGGAGAUCUUUGUGGCUACUUGGAACAUGAAUGGACAGGCCCCACAACCAAACCUGGACGAUUUUUUGCUGCCAGACAACAUUGAGCAUGUGCCAGAUAUUUAUGCUGUUGGGGUGCAAGAAGCUAUAAGUGACAGAAAAGAGUGGGAAACCCGACUCCAGUUUACCCUGGGUCCGUCCCACGUUCUCUUUCAUUCCGUAUCUUUGGGUGUUCUGCAUCUUUGCGUGUUUCUGCGACGAGAUCUCCUCUGGUUCUGCUCAGCACCUGAAGAAUCAACAUAUGCGACCCGUCCUGUGUCGUCUGUCAAGACGAAAGGAGCUGUUUCAUUGGCAUUUCAGUUCUUUGGCUCCUCCCUUCUGUUUAUCAAUUCUCACCUCACUGCACACGACAAAAAGUUCAAAGAGAGGAUUCAAGACUAUGAAAAGAUUUGUCACACGCUUGACCUCCCCAAGCAGAUGCAGGUGAAGCUACACUACCAAAGCAAAGAUGUAACAGCAAGGUUUGACCAUGUCUUUUGGUGUGGAGACCUCAAUUUCCGAAUUAUGAGCGAGCGACCCUCUGUGGUGGAACUUCUCAGGAGUAGCCAGCCAAGGGAAGCUGUCUACGAGAAGCUGCUAAAGCUGGACCAGCUGAAAAAUGCAAUGACUGAAGGAAGAGCAUUCUUUGGUUUUCAAGAAGGCAAAAUCAACUUUGGUCCCACAUACAAAUUUGAAGUUGGGUCAAGGCAGUUCGAUAAAGUAAAACUACGUGUGCCAUCCUAUACAGAUCGAAUCCUGUUUCGAAGCAGACACAAAACACACAUAGAGUGCAUCUUCUACGGAUCAGUGACAUCCAUGCAGACAUCUGAUCAUCGGCCUGUGUACGGGCUCUAUCAUGCAAGGGUUAAGUCAGGGAGAGACAACAUUCGGUUGGCAGCUGGCUUUUUCAAUCGGGAUGUUUACCUAGAAGCUAUUCGGAGGAGAGCAGCUGCCUUAGAAAUUAGAAGGAAACUGAAAGCAAGUCAGAUCUGUUCUGUGAUGUGAGGUACCUCAAGUGCUGAGCUGAAACUGAUAAGUGCAAACAGGCAAGAUUGUAAACCGCAUGGUACAUCUUGCAGCUCUUCUGAUUUACUAUAACAUACUAGCAUACCCAUGGAUUUCUAAAAUCCAUGUGAUAGGCACAUUUCUUGCGCCGUCUGCAUGUUGCAUUUUCCCAGGAUGAGUAAAUAGUCAAAGUUUUUAGUGAGUGCAAAGCAGUAUGACUCGGAUAACCUGGAACAGAAAUGAUACAAGGUACUGACAAAUGUGAGCACAGCCAACUACAAAAAGAAUAGUUUGUUGCAGAGAAAGCAGUGGUAGCUGUCCCUUGGUUGGCUUUGCCAUUUUCCCCAAUCUUCUUCAUCCGACGUACAUGUGCACUUCACGGUUUGCAUUGCACAUGGGUCAAUACGUUGGGAUGGUAGUCGGUUUGGGCUAGAGUGUGAUAGAUUGCUUUGGGUUUUGGUACAUGGUGUAAGCUUAGUUUUGUAGGUUAUUCAUCGUAGAUAUGUAAAUUGGUUUCAAGGGACCAACCACGGUUUCAAAAUUCACUACGAUUGUACAGCCUGUGAUGCUCCACGGGGUAUGGAAGUGUUUUAAGUUUAUCGCAGACGUAACUGCAGCCAAGAAAGGGUUAGCUGCACGCAGCAUUUUACAGCAUGCGUGAUUAAUCUGCACGGUCUGCUCUAUACAUUACAUAUUACACUGAACGUACAGCGUGAGAUGUUCUCCAAAUGUACGCUUUUUAAGUAUUACUAGACUGGUUACAGAACCUUUUUCACUUGUCCUUAAAAUUGGACAAAAACGUGUGGCGCAACAUUGCUCUGGAGGGUAGUACUUUGAGUGAUAUGCGCGCAUUGCUGUAUGCUGUGACUUGGUGACCUCAUUUUGCUGAAACACAUUGCAUUUGCUGUGCCUCGAAAUGACUGUUUUCAUGGAGUGAUAAGACGUAGCAUCAAAUGAUCAGCCCCUAUCUGUAAUUUUGUAUCUUCCUCACACACUUUUCCCUGUUGUCCACUUCCUCAUGUUUUCCCCAUGCAUCGCACACAUUUUUGUGACAUUUGUUUACUUCUGUUGGCAUUGUACAGCUCCCUGCAACCUUAACUUGAAUGUGGCUUGGAUCGGCGGAGUGGGAGCAAAGACACUCCAACGGGAUUCAGCUCAACUAUGGGGAGAGCACGUUUCAGACUGUUCCACUAGCAGUGUAGGGGUGUCCGUCACUAUUCAAACGCUUCGAAGGCGGGCGUUGUAUAUGCGUAUGCAAUGUAUAUCUGCAAUGAGCCACCUAUGCAGGGAUUAGAAUCGGGUUCUUCACCCUUUUUUCCUCCCACAAAAUGCGUACCCAGGUGACGGCUCCUCCCCAUUGUGGGCCUUUCUCAUUUUGCAACACACUUUAAGAAAUUCCUGCUCUAGAUUGCAUGCAAUGUUUCGGUGCCUUUUGCCACGAAUUGCACAAACUAUUGUUGACAGUGACUAUUUUUUACUAAUCUUUUUGUGCUGCAGCAGACAUUCAUGCUGAUAGUACACUGGGUGUUUUACCUUAUGUGUCACAAAAUUCUAUCGAAAAAUCUAUUUGUCUGAAGGCUACGGGGCCAACGGUAUUUAUCCUCGGGUAACUUUUUGCUCGGACUCAUGAGCACUUUGGUGAGCUAUCACCAGAGCCGUAGCGACGGGGGUGCGAGACGGGCGGCCCCCCUGGGCGCCCUCGCCAGAGAGGGCGCCGAAGUGCAGGCCCCGGCAGGUUGGUUGGACAGUAUGUAAAGCAGAAAUGAAGAGAAUUUGAAUUUACGAUCGCGGUAGUGCAAAUAAGCGUUUUAUUUUCUUUCUUUACAGAGUUUCUUACGUCAACUGGCGAGAAAGAAGGGUGGGGGGGGGCGCCUCAGAUUUGCCCCACCCUGCUGGGACGCAAACUCGCCUUGCGACGGCUCUGGCUAUAACCACGACUGAUAAUUACUGAUAAGUUAUCAGUAAUUAUAGGGGUGUGCGAAUAUUCGAGUUUUCAAAUUCGAAUCGAAUAACAAACGCUCGAACUAUGCGAUUAGCGAAUCGAAUAUCCAAUAUUAGAUUUUUCGAGUAUUCGACUGUUCCACGAAUAUGAACGACACAACCCGAAAGUGGGCUUCACCUCAUGCUUCCGUGCAUGUGGUGAACCCUGCUUUACGAAAUCGCCCUUGUUGCAGGACCAACACAGGCGGGACGGUGUUUAGUUUAAGAUGACGUUAUCCAAAGUUAGUUUUGUAGACAUCGUCUGUGGAAGGGGUGGCGCCACUCCCACAUGCAGUUUAGCGGUGCCGACGGGGGCUUUGAUUAUAUGUCUGUGAGGUUGUCUUUAAAAAGUUAGGACUCUUGAAUGAUGACUACAGCCCACGAACAAGAAGGGCAUCUUAAAGAUGUCCUUUAUGUAUAAAAUUUCAGCAGUGCAACUUCCUCGGGCGAGAGCAAAGAAACUAAAGGGUGUUAAUGGCAAACUGAGGCAGGAUGCCAAUUCGUUUGUUUCACAAAUGGCCUGUAGUCGUUUGAAACAAUUACAGCCUCAUCUGUAGUAUAACAUGCCACUGUCUGACAUAAAAUUUUGAAAUUAAGGUAACCAGUACUCCAGUAAGUGUAGGCUCACCUGAAAAGCAGGAAACACUCUCAUGUAAAAUUAAAGAGUAUGGGGCUUUAAACAGAAGAAUUGCAUGUCUCUCUUGUGACAGUUAAUGUAAAAAAAAUUACACUAAAGCCAUGGGCUACAAAAUGGAAACUUUUAGUGCGAAAGUCACAUAUUGUAAAUGUUGCACGAACGUUCGAUAUUCGGAAUCCCCCCCCC